ACACCGGACAUGAUUUGAAUGUCUGACUGACUGGGACUGUGGUUGUCGAUUCACCAUCCUUUUCACCGCUCGCGGAAGUGACGCCCCUUCAACCCAGUUCCGUGUCGUCGCACUUGCUGAGAUUCCAUGCAAGCAGUUAGCUCGCAGCGCUAAUGUCGUGACCAAAUUUAAGUCCAGCGCUACCUUCUAUAUUUUGGUAUCCGAAUUUGGCCACUUCCUCUACAAACUGGAAACCAGAUUCGCCACAAUGGCUAAGUUAUCUCCUCGCGCUGGAUCGCAUGUUAUAGUGAGGUUUUUUGAAGAAAGAAAGAAAGAAAAUUAUUCCCCUUGUGGAGGUGGUGCUAACUAGGUCACUAACAUCGUAUUACUAUGAUCGUUGUAGUAUAUUGCUAUAGGAAGGAUAUUGGGUUCCGUUUUGUGAGUGGACUCGGACUGAUUCUAUCGCAAUCUGUGUUUCAACCUUCGGACCUGAAAAUCGCCGUUGAGGGAUCAUAACGUCCCACCCAAUUGUGAAGGAAUCAAUCGCCUGCAACUUAAUUACCACGGACCUUCGACAGCAACCAUUCUUUGUCGCAGCUAUACCGGUGCCUACUCUGAACCGUUUGCGCUGAAACAGUAUAUAAAGUUGCUGCGAUAGCUGCCAGCUGAAGGCAGCCUUCGUCCUCCCAGACUUUCGAAGAAGGCAGCAUAUGUGAUAUAUUGUACAAAGGUCGUGUGACUUGGGGAUUGGCUCUUCCGCUUUCUGCUGCGCUCGCCUCAUCCAGGGGAAGACAAUUCGAAUUUUGAACGCUGCUGGGCUUACGCCAUGGCUAUGACAAGCUCGCUGCUGUGCCUUUUUCUCUUCUUCCAUUUAUUCAAUCGUAUUGUAACAGAUGCAGAGGGGGUUACAUUCACAUUUGUCAAUCGGUGCAAAUUUCCUGUGUGGGUGGGAGUACAACCCAAUGGAGGGCUGGCUAUCCUGGCCGACGGUGGGUUUGAGUUGGGCGCCGGCAAGCAAGAUGCCAUAACUGCGCCAGCAUCCUGGGGUGGUCGAUUUUGGGGACGCACGGGCUGCGAAUUCGAUAGUGCUGGGAAGGGGACGUGUGAUACUGGAGAUUGCGGGGGCGCGCUUAAGUGCGGUGGCUCCGGCGGCAACCCUCCUGCGACCCUGGCGGAAAUCACACUUCACGGUGCUGACGGCAAUGACUUCUACGACAUCAGUCUGGUGGAUGGUUACAACCUGCCGCUGGCCAUGACGCCUGCUGGAGGAACUGGGAAGUGCGGUGCCCCUGAAUGCUCCAGCAACUUGAACGAUAUGUGUCCCGAAGUUCUUCAGUUUCUUUCUGAGGGUUCAGUGAUUGGUUGCAACAGCGCAUGCAACGCGUUUAGCGAGCCUAAGUACUGUUGCACUGGGGCGCAUGAUCAACCCGCCACAUGCCCUCCAACUCAAUAUUCGAACGCGUUCAAGAAUGCCUGCCCGUUAGCGUACAGUUAUGCAUACGAUGACGCCACCAGCACUUUCACUUGUAAAGCAGCGAAUUACGCUAUCGCUUUCUGCCCUAAUGGAUCACCAGUGGCUAGAUUAGGCAACAACACCACCACAGGGGAUUCAACUUCUCAAAGGCAAACGUCUCCAGAUCAACUUCCUGGGAAUCCUUCUGUAAUUGACCAGUACGGUACCGGCACUGGUGCAGGGGUUCGUCAUUUGGCUCAUAUCGUACACAUUUCAAUUCUAGGCAUAGCAACACUCUUCACAUUGCUUGGAUAAUGAAGGAAACUCACAGUAACGCUGGUAUUGAACUCUUUUGAUGUGAGCGUUUACAAAUAAACUUAUUGUGUACCAGAUGCGGACCUAACUUUAAUUGGGCAAUUCGCAAUGUAGAAUGUCACAGGUUUGGACUGGGCUCGGGUCUGACAGAAAACACUCGCUCCGUCAUGAGGACAUGGAUCAUCUGGAGAGUAAAAAAUUCCUACUAUACUCACUGAAGUAUUACAUUGCACUUAGAAACUGUAGUCUGUCAUUGUUCAUAGUUUUAGGGUCGAAGUUGCUUCUGUAAGUACCUUCUUAAUUUGCAUAAUUAACACUUUAUGCCGUCCCCUACUGUCACCAGCAGUCGAGAUUUGAACUUCAGAAUUAGCAAAACAUAGCCUCUGAUAAAUUGUAGACUAGUAUGUAGAAGCGAAGCAAAUGCCUGGAGUGAUACAUAUAUCAACAAGUAGGCUAGAAGUUGGGAAUCAUCACAACUGCUGUGAUACCCCGAGAUACCCUGAGAUAUCCUGGGAUGCCCCGACACCCAAAAAAAUACAUCGCAGGUCGAACCUUCAGUGACCAUUUGGCAAUGCCGUACCUGGCGAUUUAUACAAACAGAGAUGCUUACUAACGAGUUGAUUGUAUUCUUGGUUACACACUUGUGAAAUAAAUUAGGGUACAUCUUGUUUCA